AUGACUCAAGAAAUUGAAACAGAUGCUCUGGAAAGUUUAGAAGACAACUUUGAUCUAGAAAUGAAAAAAUUUAUAAUUUCAGAUGGGGCUACUAGUAACCUUUUUAGAGUUACUGAAAAUUGGAUUUGGAAGAAAAAGACUAAGAUAUCAAAGAUUUUACAAACGAGAAUUCUCCUUUCUAUAGAAAUAUCCACUUAUUUUGAGAGAUUUACUUCUGAUUUUAAAACAACCGAAGAAAAUGAGAAUGAAAUAAUUCCAGAAAAUGUUCAAAUAGUUCAAUGUAUGGGAGUGUGGGAUGAUAUGCUUUACUCUAAUAAUAAAAACAGAGUAUAUGAAUUAUCAGACGAUCUUAGUUCAUAUAUAGUUCGGCUUGCCGCAAAAGCAGAAAAAUUAGAUUCUCUUCUUACAAUAUUACACCAAAAUUGGAAAUGA